AUGCCGCUGCUCCGGAGACCCCCGGGGGGGGCGGCGGGGGGCGGCCAGGAGGACGGGGACCCCUUCGCCACCAACCCCGAGAGCCGGCGGCGGCGCCGCGCCACCCUGGGGGGGCUGGACUCGGGGGUCCCGCGGAGACCCCCGGAGGAGGCGGGCGGGGGCAAGCGGGGGUCGCUGCUGCGGCUGGCCCUGGGGACCUGGGGACAGCGGGGCACCGAGAAGGUGUCGCCGGUGGAGGGACAGGCGGGGGACAGCGCGGACGGAGCGGGACAGCGGCCGGAGAGCGGCGGGAAGGACAAGGACGGCAACCGGGAGCCGCUGUCGGUGCUGGAGAUCCUGGAGCUGAUCCAGCGCCGGGACCUGGUGGCGGCGGACGCUCAGAUCAUCGCGCUGGAGGCCGAGUGCGCGCUGGCCCCGUCGCGGCCGCCGUCCCCGUGUCCCCCGGUGUCCCCCUCCGCGGGCUCCCCGCCGCCGUCGCCGGGCCCCGCGGGCGGGCGGCGGGCGCGGGACGUGGCGCUGCUGUACCGGGCGCUGCUGGCGCAGCUCUGGGCCGUGGUGGCCGAGGCGGUGGCCGCGGGGCGAGCGGUGGCCCCGCUGCGGGCGGUGGUGGCCGUGCUGGAGCAGGAGGAGGCGGCGGACGCUCGGAGCCCCCCCGGGACGGUCCCGGGGCGGCCGCGGGGGCUGCGGCGCCGCUGGCACGAGGCGGUGGCCCGGGCGGCGAGCGAGCGGCUGGCGCAGGUGGCCCCGGCGGGCGGGCUGGGGGCCCGGCUGGCCGCGCUGGCCGCCAGGGUGGUGGGGGACCUGGGGGUCGUGCGGAGCCACGUGGCCCCCGCGUACCCCCCCGAGUACGGAGCGCUCGGGGUCUACGCCCGCGGCUACCACCGGGCGCUGGCCCAGCAGCUGCGGGCGCUGGCCCAGAGACCCCUGGCCGUGCCCGACCUGUACCUGCUGCUCGACUGGCACAGCAACGCCUACCCCAGGGAGGUUUUGGGGCACCCCGAGGUGGGGGCUCUGCUGCGGACACAGGAGCUGGGGCCCCUCCUGCCCCCGGAGACCCAGCGCGACCUCGAGAGCUCCUGCAUCGCUGCCGUCAAGGCCAAGGUGGAGGUGGCCGUGGCGCAGGAGCUGCAGCUCAGCGAGGACACGUGGCCCGAGGAUGUCACCAGCCAGGACAUGGAGGAGGGACUGGCCACUCGUGUCACCGGGCUGCUGCGGGCGCACGUGGACCGAGCCCCCCAGGUGACCCCCGAGUUCGGGCGGGAGAUGGCCCACAGCCUGCUGGGCGUGCUGGUGGCCUUCCUGCACAGCUUCCAGCGGAAGGUCGAGCGCUUCCUGGAAGCCCCCGGCGAGCUCCCCCCACCCGACGGCUCCCCCGGCCGUGCCAUCGCCUUGGCCAACUGCUGCCCCCCGUUCAGGGCGUUCGCCGAGCGCCUGGCGCAGUUCGGGCACCCCGAGAGCGAGGAGCCGCGGCGCCAGGCCCACGCCGCGCUGGACCGGGUCACCCGCGCCUGCGGCCACGUCCUCAGCCGCCGCCUCUUCGAGGACCUCAAGCCCCAUUUCGGGAAGCUGAUGAAGCGCAAGUGGCUGACGAGCUCGGACGCCUUCGACUCCAUCGUGAUGCUCAUCACCGGCUUCGCGCAGACGCUGCGCCCGCUGCACCCCGAGCCCCACCAGGUGCUGGUCAGCGAGCUGCACCGCCGGGUGCUCAUCGAGUACGUGCGGCCGCUGCUGCAGGGGCGCCUGGUGUGCGCCUCGGCCAAGGCGCGCUCCCGCGUGGCCGCCCGCCUGGGCGACGAGGCCCGGCAGCUCCGCGAGCUCUUCACGCGCCUGGACUCGGCGUCGCCCUGGCUGGACUCGGUGGUGCCGCGGCUGCGGGAGCUGCUGGUGCUGGAGGACACGGCCGCGCUGCAGAUGGAGGUCGGCGCCCUGGCCAGGGACUUCCCCGACGUGCGGCGGAGACACGUGGCCGCGCUGCUGGACGCACGGGGGCUGCGGGCGCAGGGCCCUCGGCGCGAGAUCCUGGGGGUGCUGCAGGAUCUGGGGGGGUCGGAGGCCGAGGCGGGGCCCCCCCGGCACCGAACGUUCUUCUCGGAGCUGCCGGCGCCGCGCCCCGUGCGCUGCCUCCCGUUCCACCUGCCCCGGCUGCGCCUCCCCCGCCGCAGCCCCGCCAGGCCCCCCCCGUGACACCCCCGGGACCCCCGCGGGGCCGGCGACACCCUCGGAACCCGCAGCGCGUCCCCAAGGGGCUGGGGACACCCCCGAGCUUGGGUCUGUCCCCUCCUGGGGCUGGGGACACUCUCAGCCCGGGGUCUGUCCCCGCCUGGGGCUGGGGACACCCCCGAGCUUGGGUCUGUCACCUCCAGGGGUUGGGGACACCCCCGAGCUUGGGUCUGUCACCUCCAGGGGUUGGGGACACCCCCGAGCUUGGGUCUGUCACCUCCAGGGGUUGGGGACACCCCCGAGCUUGGGUCUGUCCCCUCCUGGGGCUGGGGACACUCUCAGCCCGGGGUCUGUCCCCUCCUGGGGCUGGGGACACCCCCGAGCUUGGGUCUGUCCCCUCCUGGGGUUGGGGACACCCCCGAGCUUGGGUCUGUCACCUCCAGGGGUUGGGGACACCCCCGAGCUUGGGUCUGUCACCUCCAGGGGUUGGGGACACCCCCGAGUUUGGGUCUGUCCCCUCCCGGGGCUGGGGACACCCCAAAUCUGGGCGUGUCCCCCCCCGGUCCCCCCCAGUGUAUAAACGACGCUGUAAAUUGGCACCAGGAGAGGUGUCCUCGUCCUUGGGGACAGGGCUGGGGACAGCGAGGGGUCCCGUGGGACACCCGGGGGAGGGGACAGGGAGGACACCGCCACCCCCGUGUCCCCACGGGGACUCGGGGGGGGCUCUGGGUGGGUCCCCCCUCCCCGGGUCAGAAAUAGUCGGGAUCCGGCCAGGAAGAGGCGACAGCUAAAAAUAAGUGACCGCGGCGGGAGCGGGGCCAGGGGUCACCGUGUCACCCCCGGCCCUGGGAAGGGACCGGCGGCGACGGAAGCGACAGCGCCGGGCGG